AUGGUCGGUACUCGCCAAGGAACAAAUACUUCUGGAAAGGAUAAUAAAAAUGUGAAGAAGUUCCCAAGUGAAGGAACAAUUCCUAAAAACCCUAUAAAUGAUCCCUCUGUUGAUGUUAAUCGAAGUUCCAUUUGUAAGGAUGUUUUUUGUGAUGUGAAAAACAUCAUGAUUGAAAUUGUGAUAAAAAAAGAGGAGUCCAGUGAGGAGGAAAUUGGAGCCACUCAAGAUGAUGGCAAUAAUGUUAGUAAGGAAGUUAGCGAUAAUGCAGAUGACCUUUCACAGACUGAAGAAAAUGUUUCUAAGGACAAUGUUGAUGAGUAUGAUGAAAAUUAUUCUCAAUAA